CACAAUCUAAGGUUUAAGAAGUUGCGCCUUCUUCAGGCUACAGAUGGCAUUAACAUUUUCUUUCUCACCUGCGUCAGUUGUGGAACCUGAUUGCAUACGAAGUGUAGUUAAGUUAGCUAAAGAAAACAAUGUAUUUCUUUCGGAAGAAACUUGCUGGUCACUACUGGACUCGUGUCUAUCGAAAAUCCCAUUAAAAAAGACUUACCAACUUCUAGAUGAAUUAUACAGUACUGAAGAGCUAAGGUUUCCAGAAGGUAGCGAGUUUGCUGUUGAGUCCAUACGAGCUAGAUCUGUUAACAAAGGUAUCGUUUUUUAUUAUGUAAAAUGGGUUGGAUGGCCUCCUGUGUUCAAUACUUGGGAACCAGAGUCUAAUCUUCAUGGAUGUGAAGAUUUAAUUAAAAAGUUUGUUGAUUCAUAUGGUUCAACAAUUGGGAUGCUUCCGCCUGAAAAUCAACUUGAUAGAAAAUCACAAGUACAGGAAGUAAUGGAUCGAUUAAGGGAAGCCGUUGAUCCGUCUGGAACAUUACCACUGUAUCUACUUGAACGAUUUUCUAGUCUACACCCGUACCCAGCUGAUAGCUUUCGACCAUACAAACCUUUACCUACUAUAAACAUCGAAAAGCUUUUUUCGUCACAAAUAUCACAAGGCAUCAUAGAAUCUAUUUCACUCAAGCGACCUCCCAGUGUUGCUGAUCUCUUGCCAGUUUCGACAAAACGUAUUCGACUUAGUCGGAAAGAUAAACAAGUAUUGGAUUCUGCUCUAAGUGCUUUUCAACAAAAGCUCAAUACUGUCUACUCUAAUGAAGCGCCGAUCACUGUUGAAAAUUCUGUCGAUUCUGAAUGUAAGUUGUCUUUAAGCGCAUAA